AUGUUCACGACAACCCUCCGCAGAAAUGUCCUCGCCCCUCAAAGCUUCGCUCUGAGACAAGUCGCCAUCCCUGCACGAAACUUCCAAACCUCAUCGAUUAUCCGAAAAGAAAUCGAGAGCAAAGACAGCAUCAACACAGAAAGUAGAGAGUAUUCCAAAACUGGAGGAGACGGAGCCGCGUCCCAAAAGACCGAAGACGCAGCUUUCAAUCCUGACAAGACGAGACCUGAAGAGGAGCGGGAGAGUGCUAAGCAACAGAGUGGAGGGGAAGAGAAUGAUCCGUUGAAUGUUUCGCCUGCUAAUCCGGAUAUAUCCCAGGCGAGGGGAGCGCAGGAGGGUGGAGCUAUGGGUUCGAAGAGUGAAACUGGGGAGGGGAGUGAGAGGGCGAGAAGUAGUGGUGGGGGAAGUCCGGCGAAGAGGGGGGGUGGGAAGAGUGGUUAA